UAUUCAACCCAUGAAGCGGUGAGAACGAUAACCUAUUUGAAUGCAUUCGCAGGUAAUCACUGCCGGCUAAUUUCUUCAACUGAAUCCUACCAGGAAGAACAGUAUCAGAAAUUUCAAACGAGUGCUAAUCCGAUUGUAACUCAACGCCACUCACGGUUCAUGCCAUUGGUAGUUUGUUGAAUUAUCUUAAUGGGUAGCCAAGAAGUGAGACAGCCAAUGUUACCAACAUCAUCUAAUACCUUCGUAACAAGGUCAAUAGAUAUUCCGAGAAGCAAAAGACGAUUGAGGCGCACUAAGAGUGCUCCUCAUUCGGGUUCUCCUCAUACAGAGACCACCAGCACCGCUACUGGGCUAGUUCCACGUUCAGGAUUAGUUUUUGGAAAUCUACACCCGAGUUUUAUAAGAGUAGCCUUAGUUUUAAUAAUGUACUUGGGUAUAGGAACUUUAUGUUUUUACCUUGUCGGGCACCAAAUCAAAGGGGGAAAAACCAACGGAGUAGUUGAUGCCAUUUAUUUCACUAUUGUGACAAUGACAACCGUUGGAUAUGGUGAUCUUGUCCCAAACACUCCUUCCACAAAGCUACUAGCUUGUGCUUUUGUGUUCACAGGAAUGGCCGUAGUUGGCCUAAUAUUAACCAAUGCAGCUGAUUAUUUGGUAGAGAAGCAGGAGAUCUUUCUAUUUAAGGCCUUCCAUAUGCACCAAAAUGGUCCUUUUGACAUUACAAAAGAAAUUGAUACCAAUAAAGCUAGAAAUAAGUGUAUAGUGGUGUUUCUUUUUCUUCUUUUGUUCAUAAUUUUUGGGACCGUGUUUCUAGUUACUCUAGAGGAGUUGGAUUUUAUUGAUGCCUUUUAUUGUGUAUGUUCUACCAUUACUACGCUAGGCUAUGGAGAUAAAAGCUUCUCGACCCGGUGGGGGCGUCUAUUCGCCAUUUUCUGGAUCUUGAUAAGUUCCAUCACUCUGGCUCAGUUUUUCCUUUAUAUUGCUGUGCUAAACACUGAGAGAAGGAAAAAAUCUCUGGUGAAGUGGGUUCUAAGUAAAAAGGUGACGGUCUUGGACCUCGAGGCUGCGGAUCUCGAUGAUGAUGGGGUCGUCGGGGCUGCAGAAUUUGUCAUAUACAAGCUGAAGGAGAUGGGGAAAAUCACUGAAGAUGACAUUUCACCUGUUCUGGACGAAUUUGAGAAUCUUGAUGUUGAUCAGUCAGGAACAUUGUCCAUAUCUGAUAUAACACUUGCUCAAUCAUCUUAACCA